AUGUCGAACAUGCAAACUCCACCUGACGUCGCCGACCCGAGUACUUUGGGUUGUUACCAAUCCUCACAAACUGCUCUGCUCCUGCUCGACUUCCAUUCUCUAUUCGUAGAGAAAGCUGGUGGUCCAGGCGCUCCUACCGCGUUGGCUACCGCGGUCAAACUAAGGAUCUGGGCAAAAUCGCAAGGCAUCAUGGUCAUCCAUGCCCUGCUUAAUAUCGACAAAUCGCCUUACCCGACUUGUAAGGGUGCAGAUCGACUUUCUGCGGUCCUCAAUGCUAUGAAGUCCAGUGGCGGUGAAGAGCCCGAAGAGCUGUUACACAACUAUGACGACGGCGACAUCACCUUUACCAGAUCACCCGGUCACGUCUCGGCUCUCAAGUCGCCUGGUCUACAAGACUAUCUGAAAGAAAAGGGCAUCAAGUCGCUGAUACUGACUAAAGUGAGCACUUCUGGAUGUGGUAUGCGGACUGCAGUUCCUGCUACCGAUGACGAAUAUGUGGUCACAAUCAUCUCCGAUGGCUAUGCCGAUGCAGAUAAGAACCUUCACGAUGUUUUAUUGCAGAGGGUGUUGGCAUCCAGGGCGUAUGUGACCACUGCAGCCGAAUUUCAGGAAAACUAUAUUUCGUCGAUUGAUCAAUGA